GGGGGGGGGUAGCAGGGAUGAAGGAGAGGAGCUCCUAGUGCAAAGAAGAAAGGAAACGAGGACGGCAGAGGAAAUAGCGCAGACCGAGAGAAAGGAAACGAGGGGAGAGAGGAGGAAAAAACGGGAAAGGGGACUGUGAAAAAUGGUUGCGGCCCAAACGAGAGCAUCGGAGGCAGUAGUGGCCUCAGACCCGUGGUUGGAUGCGGAGCGACUCGUUUCGGAGCUGCGUCGCGGUCUUGGUGCCGGAGGUACAGCUAUCGGAGUGCUGCGGACGUGAUACAUGCGCAUCGGGGUCCAGAGCAGACUCUGUGUAACUGACUUCCUGAAACGACGUGCGGACUCGGAAGCCCUGGAACUAAACUGACAUAUUGUUGCACUGAAGACAUCAGCUUCAUAAGCCAGCUCCAGACCACCCAGAACGCCGAUACCGACUGGACUUCGAAAGAAGCUACGUGGAAGCAGCAUCAGUCGAUUACCCCGGAAUGUACGACGUCCAAGUUCACAAGCCUUGCGCAGUGCUGGAAUCGUACCAGACGAUGAGUCCGAGCUCGUGGUUCGGUCCGGCAGCGGGCUCCCCUGAGCAGCAGGCUUCCCCGGCCUCCACGUGUCGGGGACUAUAUGCUCUAACAGUCCGCUGGCAACCCCCCGUACCCAGAGGGGAAGCGCCCCGUCAUCGAAAAGACAGCGCAGCACUUCCAAAAGAUCCGCGCCAGUGGAGUCGGGAGGACGUAGCCGUCUGGCUCGUGCACGUCAUGGACCAGCACCGUCUGCCCGCCGUCUCCACCGACCGCUUCCUGAUGAACGGCAAAGCGCUUUGCCUCAUGACCAUGGAGAUGUUCGUGCAGCGCGUACCCCUCGGUGGAAAACUGCUCUACAAGGACUUUCAGCUCAGGCUCAGCAACGUGCUCUACAACUGACGCCGUGGCACUUGGCACUGCGAAAUCUGACCGCGCGCAACUUCUGCAGUCACGGACCACGGGCCACUCGUACACAAGCACCAUACAAUGCCAUCUGCUCGCAGCACCUGCGAUGACUCCGGCUUAACUCAUCUGACGCAAGUGUCCAGGAGAGACGAAGGCAACAAACAGCUAUCCAUGAUGUCGUCAGUAACUGAAUAUAAGGGUGCAAGAGGACGACACCGGCAGAGGGCUCACCAUGAUGUCAUGGACUAGUGUCAGCUCUCCAAGACUCAUCGUCAAACGCAUUCGGCCUGUGACCUGCGUUGAAACUUCAAUUUUCAACCCACCCAUUUCCAGAGUUGCAUGUGUUCACAUCGAGGUCCUUUCAGGUCCUCCUCCUAGUCAAGCUACUGUGGACAAUCUAGUGGACUUUAUCCGACCGUGAAUUGUUAUAGUGACACGACAAGAGUGACAGAGGCCGGUGUUUGAGCCACGUGUAAAUAGGAGACUUUCAUAUGUAUACUAAUAGUUAGCCAGCUAUCAUUAGCAUUGUUGCUCGUAGUUAUCUAUCACCUCAGGGGUGCUCAUCGUUGUCUUAAAUGUUUUGAUAUACCGUCCUGGUGAAGACGUUCCAAAAAGGUCUGCUCAACAGAGGAACCACGACAUGUGUGAUACUGUGUGAUCAGCGCAUGUUGAUAUAGUGCUGCUUCUGAGGCCCCUGUAGUUUCUGUGUAAAUACAUGAUUACAAAGAAGGCGCCAAAUAAAACAACAGACGAAGGAAGGAGACACGAGACAACCACGUUGUCUCCCUUGUCUCUCCAAUCUUCUUCCUUCGUCUGUUGUUUUAUUUGGCGCCUUCUUUGUAAUCAUGUAUAACCAACUCGCCCACCAGCACGUGCUCAGUGUAAAUACAGAUGGUGAGGUUCGCGCGAAAGUCGUGAGAAAGAGUUCCUUCAAUCAUCGUGGAUAUAUGCGUUGGUACAUUUGUAAAAGUGACAACUCGCAGUACACAGAUAUAUAAAUGUGUUUAAAUAGAAGCACCUGCAACCGCAUCUUCUCACCUCCUUCACAAUACCUCAUAACCGCAUUAAACGUCUUCGACAGCUCCAAA